UGGAAGAACAAGAAAAAGAAACCAAUGGAAUUGACCCCUCUUUUCAUUGGUCUGCUGUGUCUGUCACCGACUAAACACUACUUUUAUCACAAAUAUUGACGUGUAUGUGUCCCAUGAGCAGUGGACAAUGUCUACCCGGGCUCUGCGACGGCUCAGAGGGAAACAGCGGGGUCAGGAGGCCCUGGACCUCGGGGAUCUAACUUUGGGUGACAGCCCGGAGGAGCAGGCUGCGGAUGAGGAGGAGCAGCCAGACACGGCUAACGUGUCUCCCCCGUCUCACAGCAAAGCCAGCAGCCGAAAGGCAAAGAAAAACAAGGCUCAGAAAAACGUCAGCAACAUUUAUGAAUUGAUAGGUGAUGCAGACAAUGAUGCAGAGCAGAUCUCAGCUGAUGAAGAGGCAGAGAAACCAGAUGGAAAUAAAACAAGUGGCACAGGAAAGAAUGAUAACAGAGACACCAAGAAACCAGCUCAAAAGCAAGAGGAAGCGUCUACUAAGUCUUUGUCCGGAGACAGAGUUAAAAAGAAGAAGAAAAAGAAGAAGACAAAAGUGACAUCAGAAAAUGGACAGGAGGCUGCACCAGACGAUAACAUUGAUUUACUGCUGGAGAACCUGGAGCACUCCAAUGGUCUGAGUUUACAAACCGAGGAUUGCGGAGGUUUCGACAGGAAAUCUGUGCUACAAGUUGAGCACAGGAACCUCAACCCAGAGACGGAGCUGAAGAGAUAUUUUGGGGCUCGAGCUGUUCAGGGGGAUCAGAGACCUCGACAGAGAAACAGACAGUUUCACCGUAGCACCUGGAUGACCAGUCCUAAGGACAGCUGGCCUCGCUUCAGCCGCCCAGGAAUCUCAAUGACCUUACUGCAGUCAAAGGAUGGCCUUCAGUACUUCACCUUUGAGCACAGUCGGGACUACCAACAAGUACAGUUCAAGUUCCUGGAUGCCGUUGAGUCCAUGGAUCCCAACAACAUUGUGGCAUUGCUACAGCUGAACCCCUACCACAUUGAUUCCUUACUGCAGCUCUCAGAUGUCUGCCGCAUACAGGAGGAUCAGGAGAUGGCCAGGGACCUUAUUGAGAGGGCUUUGUACAGCUUCGAGUGCGCCUGUCACCCUUUAUUUAGUUUGACCUCGGGUACCAGCAGACUUGAUUAUCUGCGACCAGAGAACAGGGCCUUUUAUCUGGCUCUUUACAAGCACAUGAUGUUCCUGGAGAAGAGAGGAUGCCCACGGACUGCUUUGGAGUACUGCAAACUGAUCCUGAGCCUGGACCCAGACUCUGACCCACUUUGCAUGCUCCUGCUCAUUGAUUACCUGGCUCUGCGCUCCAGAGAGUACCGGUCUCUCCUGCAGUUAUAUCAGGACUGGGAGGAGCACAGAAAUCUGUCACAGCUGCCAAACUUUGCAUUCUCCACUGCCCUUUGCCAUUUCCACCUCAGUCAGCAGGAAGAUAUGGAUCCUGAAGAAAGCAACAAAGAAAGACACAAAGCUGACCAGAAGCUGCAGAACGCCCUCAUCAUGUUCCCUGGAGUCUUGAUUCCUCUGCUGGAUUUGUGCACUGUGCAGCCGGAUGCAACAGUCACCUCACAUGCCUUCUUUGGCCCAAAGAGCCAAUUAGGGCAGCCCCCAGCCCUGGCUGAACUGACGGCUCUGUAUGUGGGAAGGACUCACAGCCUGUGGAGGGAGGCAGCAGUAAUGCUGUGGUUGGAAGAGUCUGUGAAAGAGGUGCUGCGUCGAGUCGAUGCCAAAGACCCUCUGGUGGAGGACUGCCAAAACAAGAGGAAGCAGAGGUACCAGAGUGCGCCAAGGAACAUCCAUCGUCACGUCCUCCUCUCUGAGAUUAAAGAAGCCACCUCAAGUCUGCCUUUCGAGGUGACCAGUCAACCUGUGAUGGGCUUUGACCCUCUGCCUCCGCUGGAGUCAGUGUUGUCGUACACCCGACCAGAGAGGCAGCAUGUUGGUGCAACCAAUGAAAGCACAUUGUCGCUGUUUUUCCGGUCUCUGCUGCCAAACUUCAACCUUCAGGGUGGACCGAGGCAGGAGGAUGACAUGGAAGUGGCCCGCGCCGGUCAGGAGCUGAACCAGGAAGUGAAUCGUCUAAUGGUGGCAAUGAGGGACAUGCUGGCAAACAUCAGGUUUCAAGAGCCCCCGAGAGAGGACAACCCCUACAGAGACGACGAGGAGUGGGACUGAGAGAGGAGGGAGACAGGUGGAAACAACGUGACAAUAAGAAAAAAGCAAAUAUUUAAUGGUGUUUAUAAUAAUUAAAAUAUUAAUUAAAAAAAAUGGAGUGGCAAAACUGAACAGUUUUUUUAAUUGUCACAAUUUUAGAGUGCUCAAGUGAAAAGAAGAGAUGACUUAGUGUUAUGAGCCUGUCCACCUCUCUGCUUUGGUGGCAUUGAUUUUUAAAGACAAACCACUGGAACAGUCCAGCCACUUGUGAACAUGUGGAACAUUUCCACCAGAGUCUGGAAACAGAUUGGUUAGUUGAACCUAACAUGUUGCAUUUGAAAAAAACAUUUAGUUGUUCCAACAUGUCCGAUCAUUUUCAGUGGGCAGCGCUAACAUAUAAUGGAUGCUACUCUUCCCUCUGUGGUUUCUAGCUCUUAAAGUUAUUUAAUGUUUACAAACAGUGGGUCGAUUUAUUAAGUAUGAAGUUGAAAUUGUUUUAUAGGUUCACUUGAAGUUAUGCAUUACAAAGACAGCACUUUGAUGUUUAUUUUUUGCCAGAGAAUCUGAAAGAAAGAUAUUAUUCUUGUUCACUGAGGCCAACUGUUAAACAAAUGAUUGUGAAAUUAGUUCAACACAUUUAUCAUGAAUCUGUUCAGCCUCUUUUUACAAAUGGAAAAUGAACCUCAUUCAUUCUUGGAUUUUGUGUUGGGAUUAUCACAUAUUCAGAUAUAUAUAUAUAUAUAUAGAUCUAUAGAUAUAUAUGUCAAGUAAAACAGAUCGAGAAAAAAGUCAGUAUAUGUGGAGCUCUUUUUGUAAAUAAUGACUAUGUUUGUCGUCUCCUCAGACCACUGUGCUUUCCUACCAAAUAACUGCUAAGUCCAAAACAUAAUAAUGAUAAUAAUAAUAAACUUUAUUUAUGUAGCACAUUUCAAAUUCAAGCUACAAUGUGCUUUACAAGACAAACUAAAAAUGGUAGACAAACAAUGUUAAAAACAAUUUUAGAGCAGUUUAAAACUUGAGAAAAGUAAAAUAAGAUAAUGUAAAAUAAUUGAAAUAGUCAGUAAAAUAAGUGUCUUAAGUGCCUCUGUAUGUAAAUAGAAUCCACAUGCACAGUGAGGUGUUAAACCCCAGAGCUUUGAGCUUUGUGAUGAGCCUGGAGGCAACUAUGGUGUUAAACACUGACCUGUAGUAAACUACCAUCAAUGUCACAUAGAUUCCAGACUGAAAUGUUCCUGAGUCCAUUUUCAUCAAAAAAGAAGCAAUCAGUUGUUCAGCAACAGCUUUUUCUAGAACCUUACAGAGAAAGAAAGAAAGACCAUUUUAGAAAUUGGUCUGACGGAACCAUUGAAUUGUGACAUGUUUAUCAUGUACAGAGUAUAGGGACUGACUGAGAAAUCGUGCAGGCAGGAUGUCAAGAGCACUUGAGGAGGGCUUCAUUAAUUACCUCAGUCGCUGUCAGAAGAUGUUGUUUUAAAGAGCUAAGAAGUUGUGAUUUUAAAAGACAGUUUGUCCUGUGCAUGAGGGGGACUGUGCAAUUGGGUCCUGACAACAGGUUGGAAAAAUGAUUCACAUUUCUCAUGGUAGGAAUCCAUACUGUCACUUGGAAGAGCCUCCGUGGCACUAUAAUUACAUGGAACAAACCCUGGAGUUGUGUCAGUUCUUU